AUGAUAUUGCCCAGCAAUAGCUCCUCUCCAACUGAGGUCUCUGAAUUCCUCCUGAAUUGUUUUGUCAGAUCUCCAAGCUGGCAGCACUGGCUUUCCAUGCCCCUGAGCCUGCUCUUCCUCUUGGCUAUGGGAGCCAAUGCCACCCUCCUGAUCACCAUUCGGCUGGAAGCCUCUCUUCAUGAACCCAUGUACUACCUGCUCAGCUUACUCUCCCUGCUGGACAUUGUACUCUGCCUCACAGUCAUCCCUAAAGUCCUGCUCAUCUUCUGGUUUGAUCUCAGACCUAUCAGCUUCCCUGCCUGCUUCCUCCAGAUGUAUAUCAUGAAUUGUUUCUUGGCCAUGGAGUCUUGUACCUUUUUAAUAAUGGCAUAUGAUAGAUAUGUAGCCAUUUGCCAUCCACUUCGAUAUCCAGCCAUUAUCACUGAUGAAUUUGUUGCCAAGGCUGCCCUGUUCAUACUUGCCCGAAAUAUCUUCUUCACAGUGCCCAUACCCAUUCUCUCAGCUAGGCUGAACUACUGUCAUUCCAAUGUCAUAGAAAAUUGCAUCUGUGCCAACUUAUCUGUAUCCAAACUGUCUUGUAAUGAUGUUACAGUCAACCGCCUCUACCAGUUUGCAGGGGGAUGGACACUGCUGGGUUCUGACCUCAUCCUCAUCUUCCUCUCCUAUUCCUUCAUUCUUCGAGCUGUGCUAAGGCUUAAGGCCAAGGGGGCUGCAGCCAAGGCCCUGAGUACAUGUGGUUCCCACUUCAUCCUCAUCCUUUUCUUCAGCACUAUUCUGCUAGUCUUUGUUCUCACUCAUGUGGCUAAGAAGAUGGUGUCUCCUGAUGUGCCCAUCCUGCUCAAUGUCUUGCACCAUGUCAUCCCUGCAGCUCUCAACCCCAUUGUCUAUGGUGUACGAACCCAAGAGAUUAAGCAGGGCAUUCAAAAGUUACUGAGGAAAGGUCUUUGA